GGGGAGGGAGAGAGAGAGGGAGGGAACGAGGGAGGGAAAGAGGAAGGGAGACAGCAGCCCCCGCCCGCCCCGCUCCUCCGGGGGCCGCGGUGCCGAGGAUGCGGCAGCCGCCGGGCACCGCCGGGCUGUAGCCGCCUGCCCGCGGCCCCAGACCCCAUGGGAUGAAUGUACCCGCCGUCUCCUGGGUGCUGUAGGCUUUUGGCAGAGCUGGCCAUGAUGUUGAGGUUGGUGGUUGGUGCCCUCUUCCCAGCACUGCUCCUGGCUGCCCCACCCCCCAUAAACAAACUUGCCCUCUUCCCGGACAAGAGUGCUUGGUGUGAGGCAAAGAACAUCACCCAGAUCGUGGGGCACAGCGGCUGCGAGUCCAAAUCCAUCCAGAACAGGGCCUGUCUGGGACAGUGUUUCAGCUACAGUGUCCCCAACACUUUCCCUCAGUCCACGGAGUCCCUGAUUCACUGUGACUCCUGCAUGCCAGCCCAGUCCAUGUGGGAAAUCGUGACACUGGACUGUCCAGGCAACGAUGAGAUCCCCAGGGUUGACAAGCUGGUGGAGAAGAUCCUUCACUGUAGCUGCCAGGCUUGUGGCAAGGAGCCCAGCCACGAGGGAGCCCUCUUCAAUGUCUACCUGAAUGCAGAGGAGAACAUGCCUGCUGAAGGUCCCAGCCCUCACCACUAUGCCCACCACCAGCAGGAGGUGGAAGAACCUUCUGCCUCCAGCCACCACCACCACCACGAGGAGGAGAGCGAGGAGUGACUUGGCCCUUGUGGACUGUCCUUGCAGGCAGUGGCACGGGCAGGAGGGGUGUGCCAGGGGGAGAGACGGCCGGGGUUUUGGGAGGGAGGGGGGUGGUGGAGUUUUUCUUGUCUAAUAGUGACCCUCAUGCUUUGCUCUCCAUGACACCCCUGGGCUGUAGGAAUGUUUUGAAGGCAGGAGGGCUGAGGGGUGGUCGUGGGGCUGGAGCUGCAGGGUGAGAGCAGGCUUGGGGUGUUCUGGUGCAAAACUACUUGCACAUGAGAGUAAUAAUAUAUUGAGGGGGCUUCAGCUGAAAGCAGGAGCUGAGUUGGGCUACCCAGGGGUGCUCUGCAGGCUCCUGAACCAUCUGUGGAGCCCUUGCUGGGUUCUUCUGGGUUUUUCCCUUGGAAAUGGCUUGUGCUUGGGGCUGAGGAAGAAGGGAUGCAGCCUCUCCACAGUCCCACAAGAGAGACUCAUCUCUUCUGGGCUGUGCAUCCCUUCUCCCUCCCAUCUACCCUUCCUGCCCAAGGCCAGUAGGCUCUGCAGGUCCCCUGGUCCUGCUAGGUCUUCAUUCAGCCCCAGCCCCCUCUCCUGUUAGAUAGCUCUUGGGGAGCAUUUUGCCCCAGGAUGGGGCUGCGUGUGAGGUUGCUGGGAACCAUGGUGGUGAGAACCCUUUCCUUGCUGGUCCUCAGGGCCACCGUGCAUUUCCCUGGGAAGGAGGGAGCUGGAUGAUGCUGUGGGUGCUGGGCUUUUGAGUUUUGUGGCCCCUAGGGGAAGGACAUCAGCUAGGGUGGGCUGGGUGUGAGCCAGCCCCUUUCCUCCCUCUCCCUGCUGCACUUUAAUUGAGGUGGAGGGAGAAGGGGGAUGAGUGCCAGGACACCCAUUGAGCUCUGCAGGGGGCUUGGGGAGGCGGGGAUGGCCCCAGGCUCCUCCUGCUGCCCCCUUCUCUCCCUGUGAUGAAGCUGAUUUCUUUGUCGCUGUCCUGACAAGAGCUUCCAGAGCUUUUAAUCGUUGCCUCCCCCUUCCUUUUACAAGGUUUGUUUUGUUGGUUUGGUUUUGUUUUGGUUUGGUUUUGUUGUUCUUGUGUUGGUUGGUUUUUUUUGUUUGUUUUUUGUCUUUUGAUUGGUUGUUUUUUUGUUUGGUUGGUUUUUUUCUUAAAUAAAUGAGUUCUGACUUCCAUUUCCCA